AUGGCUGAUUUAAUUUCAAUUACAAAUUCCAAAGACUAUGAUGAAAUUAUUAAAAUAGAAGACAGUGUUAAGCCAUUGUGGGUUUUGUUGGUAGAUGGUGGACCUGACGAAAAUCCAAGAUACUUAAAAAAUAUUACAGAAUACUCUGGAAUUGUACUCUCUAUUGAUCACUUCGGUACUUACUUAAACUCUCAAGGACAAGUUAUUAAUGAAGAAUUAGCUAUAAAAAAUUUUCAAUUUUCAGGAGAAAAGCUUCGUGAUCUUUGGCAAUGUGACAAAAUCCAUGAUAAACCUAUUAAGGUUACUUAUCUAGAUAAUCAUACUGACAUGCUCACCAAUGAUGAUAUUUCAUGGCAAUGGAUUGAAUAUUAUUGUCAAAUUUGCUGUUAUUCGCUCGAUAUUAGAAAAUGUAUUAAUCGCAAUUGUUGUAAACCACCCUGGGCACCAGAGGCAACAAUUCUACUGCAAGAAAAUAAUGGAUUUUUACCUCCUAUGAUUCAAGGACAUGAUUAG